AGCCAGAAUUUCUUCCAAAACCCUAGAAUCGUUUGGAUUUUCAAAGAGUAAGUGUAGAUCCCAAGACUCGUUGCUAGCUUUUAAUAAGCCCCACGACUUUUCCUCGAUAUCUCUCUUGACUGAGCAAAGCAUAGACAACAAAAUCAUAGAAAACAAGAAAAUAGAUAGCAAAAGCACAGACAACAAGAAAAUAGAUAGCAAAAGCACAGACAACAAGAAAAUAGAUAGCAAAAGCACAGAAAACAAAAUCAUAGAAAAAAAAAGCACAGAAAGCAAAAGCACAGAAAGCAAUAUGCAUUUUCUUGAUCAAAACAAAAGGAUCGCCUUUGAAGAUUCGAUUUUUCCUACUAAAGCGGUAAGCUUAGUUGAAUCCAGUCUUGAUUAUGAAAAUUCCUCAAAGUUAGCCAUUAUAAAUGAAGAGAAAAUCGCAAAGCCUCUUUUGAUUGAAUCUGAAAAGCAUAAAGAAUCCCUAGCGAUUACGAGAUUUUCUUCUCAAUUGGAAUUAACAAAAGAUCAGAAACGCUGUACACCUGAAUUGUAUUUAGCACCUUCAAGGGAAAUGUGUAAACCCCGUCUUCAAACCCUUUUUACCGAUGUUCCGACCUCUACGUUAUUGCCAAAGUCAAUGCUGGAUUUGGAAAAAUUCUAUUUUAGUCUUGAAGAAUGCGGCUCCCUUAACGAAUCUAGAGGUAUUUCUACCAUUUUCUGUCGUGUAUGCCGUCCAAUUGAAUUAAUGACGGGCCUCUCGAUAGACCAUUUUUUUCUUCAAAGUAUUUUGUAUUUCCUGCCUGAUUUGCUUGCGGCUGAACCCUGGGUUGUUGUCCAUGAAGGACGGCGGGUUCUUUCCUGGAUCAUCAAAGGAGCUGGCGCUAUAUUGUCACCAAAUCUAGGACCGACAGCGAUCUCCCCAUCUGCUUUUGUAGAUAGACGCUCCAUACUAAGGACUCGACUACUAAAUGAGCUUUAUAAAAAUUAUUCGCUGUCAUCACCUUCAGAAGAGAUUAUUGAACUUUCUUGUAUUAUAGGAUCAAAAUUUUGGCCUACACCUUUUCAUCCAGGCUCUUUAUUUCCGAGUAUAGAAUCCUUGCCAAGGAAGAGCCUACCAGGAAUCCAAGGAUAUCCUGAAAUAUUGGGCUCAAUUCUUGAUAAUUCAUCUUCAGUAUUUUCUAAAACAACACCGAGCGUACUACCUGAAAAGACGGAUUCUCAUACGUCUUUGUUUCCGGCCGAAGCUAAGGAAACGUUGUCUCUUUUAGGAAGGAUAAGAGCAAAGGAAAAGGAACGGAAUGCCCAACUUGCAUCUAAUUUGCCUGCAGCUAAUACAAUUUUAGUAGCUGGACUGUCUGGAYGUCCACUUCUUCAGAAGCUGCUAUCUCUUAUAGAAGGAAUUGAUUCGUAUGUUGAUGUUUUCUUUUUGUAG